CAACUUGGCCCAACUUCACACUUCACCAAACAUAUACAUCGAGAGCUCUAGGGUUUAAGCGGCUGCUCAUCGCACAGGACGAGAGGCAGGCAGAGAAGGAAGGAGGUGUCGAUUCCUCUGCGAUUAGGGUUUCGUCAAGAGAAGUGAGAAUGGUGGCGGACAAGAGCAAGAAGGCGAAAAUUGAAGAGGAAAACGUGGAGCAAAUCGAUGGAGAGCUUGUCCUCUCGAUCGAGACGCUUCAGGAGAUCCAAGACGACCUCGAGAAGAUAAACGAAAAGGCUAGCGAUGAAGUGUUGGAAGUGGAGCAGAAGUACAACGUGAUAAGGAAGCCUGUUUAUGACAAGCGUAACGAGAUCAUCAAAGCCAUCCCUGACUUCUGGCUCACUGCUUUCUUGAGCCACCCUGCUUUAGGUGAGCUUUUGACUGAAGAAGACCAAAAGAUUUUCAAAUAUCUUUGCUCUCUGGAUGUUGAGGAUGCCAAAGAUGUGAAAUCUGGAUACUCCAUCGCCUUUCACUUCAAUCCCAACCCCUACUUUGAGGAUGAGAAUCUCACCAAGACUUUUACCUUCCUCGAAGAAGGGACAACGAAAAUCACAGCCACACCUAUCAAAUGGAAAGAGGGCAAGGGCUUACCAAAUGGAGUGAAUCACGAGAAGAACGGAAACAAACGUGCACUACCUGAAGAGAGUUUCUUUACCUGGUUUAGCGAUGCGCAACACAAGGAGGACCUUGAUGUAGAGAUUAAUGACGAGCAGGUUGCGGAUGUCAUCAAGGAAGAUUUAUGGCCCAACCCUCUCACCUACUUCAACAAUGAGGCUGAUGAAGAGGAUUUUGAUGAAGAUGAUGAUGAUGAUGAUGAUGAUGAGGAGGGGAAAGAAGGUGAUUCUGGUGAAGAUGAUGACGAAGAUGACAAAGAUGGUGAGGAAUGAUGAGAGGGUUCCUUCCCCAUAAACCACAUUUGCUUACAUGUAAUGUGUCAAGUUUGUGUGUUUGAAUAGUUCUUUUAAUUUACGCAAAAUGUCUCGUGACAAUAAAAGACAAGACAAGCUAGUAGUAUCUUUUGUUUGUAUGAAAACUCUUUCCAGAAUUUGUUGCAGUGUCCGUACUUAGAAUGGUUUGUGAGUCUUACAUAAUCUUAUCUUCUACUGUUCUGGUAUAAAAA